UGCCCCGCGCAUAGCUCAAACAUCGACUAUCCCGACCUUCCCCUUUCUUCCCCUUAGUGACUGUGCUAAUCAUAGACAUGUCCUCGGACUACGACGUCUCCGAUGACGAGAACGAGUACUACGAUGGCAUGGAUAUGGAUGACGACGAUGACAUGAACACCCAAGAUGAUGCAAUCUCAGAGGAGGAGAUGGACAUUGAGAUGCAUAAAGGCACUAUUACAUCGGAAGGCAAGCGCAAGGCCUGUGAGGUAGAAUUCGACACGAUGCCGCAGGAAUCCGUAGAAGCGCUUAUCCGCAAAGAGGUGGACCACAUAACCAGCAUCUUCGGUGUCUCAAGCGACGUUGCCUCCUUAUUAUUACGACACAUGGAGUGGAACAAGGAGCGCCUGAUUGAGAAGUACAUGGAUGAUCCGUCGGAAAUUAACGUAAAGGCGGGUGUUUCCGUCGCUCCGCCGCCAUCGCCUCCCGCAGCAUCCUCAGGACGAAUACCAAAUUCACGAUCCAAGUCGUUUGCGUCCUCUGUGGCGAAGCAACGUACCACACGACGUAUUCCCGCUGAGUCAGCUUCUCGAACGAAACCAGCUUCUGAACCGCCAGUUCAACCGCAGCCAACAGUCUGCCAGAUCUGCUUUGACGAUGAACAAACAGAAAUGUCCUGUCUUUCUUGUGGCCACAAGUUUUGCAAUGACUGUUGGGGUUCUUUCCUACGGAGCAAGAUUAGAGAAGAGGGCGAGAUGAAUGUUCGCUGCAUGGCUUCAGACUGUUCUUUGAUUGCCCCGGAUUCGUUCAUUUAUAGUACCUUGGCUAGUGAUGAGGAUACUAUCAAGCGCCAUCAAGAAUUGAUCGUGCGACACUAUGUCGGAUGCAACAAGAAUCUCAAGUUCUGUCCCUACCCGAGCUGUAAUUACACGGUAUUCUGCCCGGCAGCAGCCACCAAGGCAGCUCUCACUACAAUUGUUCCGACUGUGCGCUGUGGCGCGUCUGAUAAGCAUACAUUCUGCUUUGGCUGCUCCAUAGACACAGAUCAUAGGCCUGUUAUCUGUCCUGUUGCGAGACUCUGGCUAAAGAAAUGUCAGGACGACAGCGAGACUGCAAACUGGAUUAAAAGCAACACGAAGGAGUGUAGCAAGUGCCAGAGCACAAUUGAAAAGAAUGGAGGAUGCAAUCAUAUGACGUGCAAGAAAUGCAAAUAUGAGUUCUGCUGGGUCUGCAUGGGCCCAUGGUCGGAACACGGUACAUCAUGGUACAAUUGCAAUCGGUACGACGAAUCGUCUGGUGUUGAGGCUCGCGAUGCACAAGCACGAAGCCGAGCAUCUCUAGAGCGGUACCUUCACUACUACAACCGCUGGGCGAAUCACGAGCAGUCGGCCAAGCUCUCCGUUGAUUUGUACGCAAAGACAGAAAAGAAGAUGGAGGAGAUGCAAAUUACUUCUAAUCUUACCUGGAUUGAGGUCCAGUUUGCAAAGAAGGCUGUUGACGAGGUGUUUAAGUGCCGAAUGACGUUGAAGUGGACGUAUGCCAUGGCAUAUUACCUUGCCAAGGGCAAUAUGAAGGAGCUGUUUGAAGACAAUCAGAGAGAUCUCGAACGUGCCGUCGAAGAUCUCUCAGAACUUUUGGAAUCGCCGAUUGAAGCCGACAAUAUCCCUGCCCUGCGACAGAAGAUGCAGGAUAAAACGGUUUAUGUGCACAAGCGUAACGAAAUCAUGUUAGAAGACACCGCUGAGGGCUUCCUAGAAGGCAGAUGGACGUGGAACGUAGACGUUGAAGGCUUUUGAUGGCUAGUUUACUAGUUUCCUUUCAGACUAUCUUAGUUUGGGACGUUUUCUUAUCCGCUCUGUGUACAUACUGUCGUCUGCUAUCCCUCCUUUCAGCCGUACGAAUUACGGUGCAAUUGUGUCUCUAAUAGUAAUACAGCAUUUU